UGGCUCUCAAAUGUUUGGUUAGGUAGUCCCAAAUAGAGCCUCGUGAUAUUUUAAUAAAUUUACUGCCUAACAAUAGGAUACUAAACAUUCAAUAGGAUGCACCGUUUGUUAAAAAUACAGGUACUACCUUUAAGUAAAUAUUCCCGAGAAUCAUUUAGUUUACUUAAUUUUACGGCCAAUUCCUGCCUCUUAUGUAAACGCAACAGUUCAUCAAUAGGUUCAUUUAGACAGAAUUCGACUAUCGUUAACCCCAGUUUAAAACCCAAAAAGUACAAGAGGAAGAAAAAGGACUAUGCGGAAUUGCUCAUCGUAACAGAAAACUCGUCGCACCAACGGAGAGCCAACGUGAAAAAACUCAGUUUCAACGAUUUGGAAUUGCUCGCUACCACCAAUUUGAACCUCAGCGAGCUCCACAAAUUGAAAGAACUAAGCAACAACAACGCUAUCCUCGGCGAGCACACUUACUAUAAUUUAAAUGUAAUCGACAGCUUUCCUUCAUCUAGUGAUAAUACACUUGAAGCUAGCACGAGCAAUGAUCAAAGCAGAGUCGUGAGUAUAGAAGUGCCCGAUAUGAAUGUCGUGUCCGAAAUGCAGAACGUUAGCGAAUCGUACACCCUGCCAGUCGAAGAAAUACAUUUCGACGAGAAUCUGCAGCAAAUAGUAGAACAAGAAAAUGAAUUUGAUAGUCUAAAAAUAGUAAACUCUCUACAACCGGAGAUAGUAGACGACCAAAUAGCGGAAAUCGACGAAGUAAAAGACCCUCCGACCAAGCCCCUCAAACCCGAUUUAGAUCACAAACGACGAGAGGAAAUCAUCACGAAAACCUUGGCCGCUUACGUCGAAGUUUGCGCGCAUUUGAGGAACCCCCAACGCGGCCUGUCCGCUCUGAAUUUCCACAGAUACAAAACGAAGCGAUUGAACAACAAAAUGUACAUUCCCGUAAGAAGCAUCAACGUUUACAACGCCCUGUUGAAGGGCUUCGCGCAAAAGGGCUCCUUGUACAAAGUCAAGGAGAUACUGGAUAUCAUGCAGGAGGAGGGAGUCGAGUGCACCGUGCAAACGUACGUGGCGAUAUUCGAAUGCCUGGCUGUGACCAACGAAAACGAAGACGAGCUCGUGAAGUAUACGAAAAAAGCGUUGGCUCAGAAUAUUACAUUUGACGAUAUCAUGAACGAUGGGAAGUUCCUCAACAAUGACCGGGAACUCGUUUUAUCCGCCAUGAGGAAGGUCGAUCCGAGCUAUACACCGAAUUAUAGAAGACCUAUAGUGUUUUAUGACAAUAGAUUAAUUAAUCAUCUGAAUCAUCCCGACCAGGAAAAAGAAUUUACGGCAAAUACAACGGAGAGUACCGGUUUGUUCGAUUCCCAGCAGCUGAAGAAACUAGUAGAAAAGCAAAUCGAAUUGGAAAAGGACGGUCACAUAACUAUUACCAGUAUAGAUUCGAAAAAUAACGUGACGGAAGAGGUGCUGAGGAACCGCAAAUCUUUAGAAGAACUAUACAAAACUUGGGAGACCGAAGCCCUUAAGGCUUUCAACAGGGAUUUGGCCACGUUAUCGGCCCAACGAAGCGCCAUCAGCAUGGAGCCCUACAUAAGGUCGAUACCGGCGAAAGAUUGCGUUUCGAUAAUAGUGGAGGAAGCCAAGAAAAUCGCUCACGGAUCGGAAACUUACAGUCCCACCGUUAAUAUGCUCUACAAAGAUUUGGGCAGUAAAGUUUACGCUAGGUAUAAAAUACUUCGCAAGCAAAAAUCCGGAGUGUUGAAUAAAAUUACCGAUAUCCACCAAAUUUACUGCACUCACUACGCCAAUUCCCACAAAUCCUUGGACGUUUUGCCGGAAGAAGAAGUCGUUUUUAACUCCAGGCAAGUAUGGCAAAACAUCGAAUACAAUUUAAAAGACCGAGAGGCGUCCAUCGAAAUGGAUCAUCAAGAAUGGGUGCCCACAAUUCUCACGUUCAUCGGAAAAUUCUUAUAUCACAUCGUGAUGUACGAUUUGAAAGUCGACAUAAACGUGUUGAGGAACACCAAACACAAGAACCACCUACCCGCGUUCUACACCAUCUUCCGAACGCAAGGGAGGAUCGUCAAAGAAGAGGUCAAACCGCAUCCGAUCCUAUCGAAACUGUACAAACAAUCCAAUCCGGAGACUCUCACUUUCCCCGCUUGGGAGGUCCCGAUGAUGUGCCCGCCGGUGCCCUGGAUAUCCACCCAAGUCGGCGGCUACUUCAUAUCCCCCUGCGACGUCAUCAGGCUCCCGCUGCAGGCCAGCAGCCAGAAGAAUCGACUGCAGGAAGUCGGCUCGCAGCAACUCUAUCCCAGUUUGGACGCCCUCAAUCAGCUUUCUUCGAUACCGUGGAAGGUUAACACUAAAAUACUGGACGUUAUUUUAGAGGUGUUCAAUAACGGCGGAUCCGCUCAAUUGGACGUGCCCGAACCGGCUUCUUCGCUCAAACCGCCGCCUCACCCGACGCAAGACACCGAUAAAGCCGAGCGAUUCGAACUAUUCAAACAGAGAAUGCAACACAGAAGGAAAAAGGCCGAGAUGUACUCGUUGUGGUGCGAUUGCUUAUACAGACUGUCCCUAGCGAAUCACUUUCGCGACGAUAUAUUCUGGUUGCCGCACAACAUGGAUUUCAGAGGUAGAGUCUACCCGGUCCCGCCUCAUUUGAACCACCUCGGCUCCGAUCUGGCCAGAUCCAUGUUGAUCUUCGCCGAACCUCGCCCUCUGGGACCCGAAGGCCUCGAUUGGCUCAAGAUCCACCUCAUCAAUCUAACCGGUUUGAAAAAAAUGGAAUCCGUACAAAAGAGGUUGGAGUACGCCGAUGAAAUCCUCCAUUUGAUCUUCGAUUCGGCGGACAGGCCGCUGACGGGGCAACGUUGGUGGGCGGAUUCGGACGAGCCGUGGCAGACGCUGGCCUGUUGCAUGGAAAUCGCCGACGUGGUGCGAUCCGGGGACCCGGAGAAUUACCGAUCGCACUUUCCCAUCCACCAGGACGGCAGCUGCAACGGUUUGCAGCACUACGCGGCGCUCGGCAGGGACGCGGGCGGCGCUUACAGCGUGAACUUGGCGCCGUCGGAGGUGCCGCAGGACGUCUACAGCGCCGUGGUGAGUUUGGUGGAGAAACAGAGGGACGAGGACGCGCGGAACGGCAACGAUAUUGCUAAAGCGUUGGAGGGUUUCAUAAAAAGGAAGGUGAUCAAGCAGACGAUCAUGACGACGGUGUACGGAGUCACUCGAUACGGGGCUAAACUUCAAAUAGCGCGUCAGUUGAAGGAUAUCGAUGAUUUCCCGAAGGAUUUGGUUUGGUCGGCUUCGGCUUAUCUCACAGGUAGAACGUUCGAUUCUUUGCGAACAAUGUUUACUUCGACGAGAGAAAUACAAGACUGGUUUACGGAAUGCGCUAGGUUAAUAUCCUCUGUCGGACUGAAGCACGUGGAAUGGGUAACUCCUUUGGGUCUGCCGAUUGUUCAGCCGUAUUUUAAAUAUAGGAAAACCACUACUGGUUCAGCUUUUGAUUCUUAUGCCAUAGAUAGAUACGAAAAACCGAAUGUAAUGAAACAAAAAAACGCGUUUCCUCCGAAUUUCAUUCAUUCUUUGGACUCUAGUCAUAUGAUGCUUACUUCACUGCAUUGCGAAAGGGCCGGUAUUACCUUUGUUUCCGUGCACGAUUGUUAUUGGACACAUCCUUCCACUGUGCAUAUUAUGAAUAAAAUUUGCAGAGAACAAUUCGUUGCUCUUCAUUCCGAGCCCAUAUUGGAGGAGCUUUCGAAUUUUUUGUUCGAAAAAUUUAGCUACGACCAAAGUGAAAUUUCCGAAGACGGAUCUGUGAUAGACUUGACGAAAAAGAAAUUGAAUAGAAUACUACUGCAACUCCCGAAGACGGGCGAUUUCGAUAUAAACCAAGUUUUGAAGUCGGUGUAUUUCUUUAGUUGAAAUUGUUAGACUGUAUAGUUUUUUUAUGUUGAAAUAUAUUAAGUAAAAAAAGUUUAUGUGUACGAUGAAAUCGCCCACUGUACCACUUCCGUCGGCAAAUCCUGCGUUUUCUUCACCGCCUCGUUUAUUUGCGACGGCAUAACGAGCAGAUUAAAAAACCGGUAUUCUUUUUGAGUCUUUGUUUGCCCUCCGCUAACCAUCGAAAUCAACUGCAGGUACUACAAUUUCAAGAAAUAAACAACCAAUGUACUAAUAAAUCGAGAAUCGUUUACCUCCAAAUGCUCCCAAGCCUUCAUCACUACCGAUUUGGGAACGCUCAGCAAGUUCGAAUUGGUUUUCACGAAUUUCAUGUAUCUGGCAAACACCAUUUCGAAAUUCAUCGAUUGCCCUUCGUAUAUCUCGUAAUGGUGCUUCAUGGAGAUCAAAAGGCAAAGUUCCAGCACCGUGAGAUCCUGUAGAGUGAGCACCACUUCAUCGGUUUCGAAUUCACUCAGCUGAUUUUGAAACAUGUUCACUGAC